CCAGGGAUCUUGAGGAUGAAGACCGCUUCCUGUCCGACAGAUGGCAGUGUAGUAAUGCGUAUUUAGUAACUUAUGUGGCAGUCGUGAAGAAGAAAAGCUGUACCCUCGUGGUAAACAAUACUGUAAAUACAACUUUCAAGAAUAUGAACAGACAUAUCGAUUAAAUACAGUCACGUGCGAGUAAAAUGGACGCGGUUUAUCCAGAAAAGAUCAAGAAGAAGAAAAGAGAAAGAGAGGUGCAAACUUUUGUUGAAAGUUCAAAUGUGCAGAACGAGUCUGAAAAGAAAAGACAUAAGAACAAGAGGGAAAAAGACGUGGAGAAUUUAAGUGACCAGACACCUACAGAGAAGAAGAAGAAAAGGAAACUGAAUAAAAGAGAGUUUGAUAUUGAAACUGAACAGGCGACAUUGAUCAAUGAUGGACUCCUACAUGAAGUAAAUGACGCCACCUCACCAUCAAAAGAGGAGGAGAGGAAGAAAAAAAGAAAGAAAGUGAAAAGAACACAUUCAGACUGUGAUGACACGGCAAAAGACCCUCAUGAAGAGCAGUCUGGUGUCACCACGGAGAUGGAGAACAUGCCAAAUGACCAGCAAACUGCCCAAGACCUCACAGAUCCUGCCACACUAGUUCAUACUCGAUCCUUCCGGAAGAAAAAGGGAAAUGGAGAAGUUCUAGAGAUUGAUUUUAAACUUUUGAGUGAAAUGAAAGUUUGUCCUGACAUAGAGUCCAGAUACAUGAUAAAUGUCCAAAAAAUGAUCAUGUAUGACUUGCCAAGGUUCAGGGAAUUCAAAAAGCAAGGUAUCCCACUUAGACAUGGACGAUUCUCCAUUGAGGAAAAUAAGAGGCUGAGACGGAACGUUUUGGAUUUUCUUGCUCUCACAGGAGUGGACAGUGCGACCAAGCUCUUUCACGUUAAACGGUUUCCAGACGAGAAAACCCUGUUGGUAAAGUUGAAAAAGCAGCACAAGUUUUUCUUAAAAAUAGCGGAAGGAAUUCCCAGGUCUUGUUAUGAGGUUUUUGUCCGUGGAAGGAAAACAUUUGAUGGUUACAAUUAUAAAGGAAGGUUUGAAGAUGAUGAGGUCAAAGCGUUGCUGAAAUAUCAGACACUACAUGGCAAUGACUGGGUGAAGAUUUCUAAACUAACUGGUCGAAGUGCUUUGUCUCUUGAGAAGCGUUAUUCUCAAAUCAAUAAAAAUUUUGGGCCAUGGUCAGAAAAGGAGUUGCAGAGACUUUUGAGGGCUGUGCGAAAAUAUAUCAUAACUGAACUUAAGUCCAUAUCCACUGAUACGAUGACGCCAACCAGAGUCAGUCGAGAAAUUCUCUACAAGAAACUACCAUGGUUUGAAAUCGCUCACAAGGUUAAAACUCGAAGCUGGACCAAGUGCAGAGUUAAAUGGAUGGGGAUCCUUUCGGUGCGGAUGUCAUCUGGGAGUGUAUGCCGGGGAAGGAAAUCCCAUGGGGACAAAAUCAGACUCAUUCAAGCAAUGUAUGAAAGCCAGGUAGAUGAUGUUGUGGACAUCAACUGGGAGGAUCUCACGAGUGCAUUUGGCGAUGUUCCUCCUGCAUAUGUUCAGAUGAAAUGGCAUCAGCUCAAAGUGUGCUACGUGCCAAAUUGGCAGAACAAGAGUUUUGAAGACAUUGUUGACUACCUGCAUGAGAAGGUCAAACCAAAACUGGAGAAUGAAUGUAAGGAUCUUGAUGAGAAUGACCUGCCAGCUGACCAGAAGCAGAGCUUCCUUCUCUCUGACAUCUUUCAGGAUAUAAAUUAGGAGGAGGAUGAGGAGGAGGAGGAGGGCAAUGAUAAAAAGAGGACUACUUUAUUCCUUGUACAGUUUAAUUAGAUUUCUUUACUGUUUAGAUAAAAGAUGUACAUAAAAGAUGCUCAGGAUGUUUAUGUUUAGAAUGUACAAAUCUUGUCUUUAUUGUUAUUUUUUACACACGUUUUAAUAAACAAGUCUUAAAUGUAA